AACACUAUGCAGUGAUCGAAAGUAUUGAAAUUAUUAAAUAUAAUUUCUAAAGUUUAUAAAUGUAUGUAUUAUUGUUAAACUACAAACGUGACUUUCUAUUUGUAAAUGUUUUAGCUUAAGGGAUAUUCAAGUUUAUGACAAUUGCUUUUUCAUUCAGCAACGCGUGGUCAUCGUAUUUAAUUAGACUUUAAUAGUUUGGCUUUAAUUAACCUAACGUUAAGUAUAUGAGGCCAAAAGUAAUGGUCACUUUUUAGAAUCAUUUUAUUUGUGGCUUUGGGCUUUUUAAAAGUAAGUACCUGUCAAAGGUAGAAACAAACAACAUUCUUUCUAAAUUCAAGUCACGUUUAAGUCACGUUUGUAGAUGUAUAAAAGAACUGUCCCUAACAAGACAGUUCAGAUUGUAACUAGGCACUGAAUAAAAAUUAGUUCCUCUUUAGCCAUUGGAUUUAUAGUGCCACAUAUAGGGUUGUUUUGGUUGCCGUGAUCCAGGGAUCUUUACUCUUGUCAGAAAAGGUAAGACAUUUUUUUUGCAUUUUUAAAACCGUUACUUUCUCACCAUGGCUGAACAAGAGGGACAACAAUUUGGGGUAGCAUUUCAAAAUUUUUCUCAUCAAUUACAGGGAUUAUCAAUAAAGUUAGGGGCUCAAGGGGUAAAUCAAAUUAUCCCAACAUUUUCGGGCGAUCAAGGUGAAUUCAAAAAUUGGAUGAAAGCAAUUGAAAAAUAUGCUAUGUUGAUAAACUUGGAACAAAACGAUACAAAAUUGGUAGGUUAUCAGUCAAGCACAAGCUCGGUAAGCGAUUUUAUACAUAGAUCUAAGGAUUGUAGUAAAAGUAAACAAGUAAAUGCUUUUGACCAAAUUUCAAAGUUAAACAAAUUAAUAGAAUGCUGGAAAUGUAGAAGAAGAAAAUAGAUACCAGGGAAACUAGGACGCUCUCUUUGUUCCGGAGCCGACAAAGAGAGUAUUAACAAAUCAGUAACGACAAAAACUUAUACAAUAAAUUUAUCAGGAAAUCCUAAUAGUUGCAUCAUAAAUACAUAUAGACAAAAAGUUUAGAUCAUUAGUUGAUUCUGGAGCGGAAGUGUCUUUAAUGCAUUUAAAUGUUUACAAAUCUUUGGCUGAUUUACCAAAAUUAAACAAAAAGACAGUUCAACUCCAAUCGGUAAAUGGAAAUUCUCUUAACGUUUUAGGAUGCAUAGAAAUAGACUUUUAUAUAAAGAGUACAAAAAUGUCACAAUUAUUUUAUGUGGUUUCGGACAUGAACAGAAAUUUAAUACUUGGUCGUGACUGGCUUGUUAAAAAAUGGAGUAAGGCUUUAGUUUGAUUGAGGAAUGUUGAGAGUAGGAGAUGAGUAUGCUAAUUUAGAGUAAGAUUUUCAUAUAUCAAGUAUUUCAAGACUUUCUAAAGUACAUGCACAUCUUAACUGCACUCAUUAAAACGUGGGAUAAUCCAAAAUCAAAUGAAAUUAAAAAGUUAAGAAAAAAAGCAGAUUCGUUGUUCCACCGGAAUCGAGCGUAAGUGAAAUAGAGGUCGACAAUGAAGCGAAUGAGACAGUCGAAAAUAGGACCUUAUUUCAAAAUCGGUUAUACAGAAAAAAUAAUCAUAUGAGUGAGACACAUCUUCGGAUGAGGAUGAGAUUCCUUUAAUGGAUUUAAAGAAGCGAACAAAUACAUGUAUUCGUAAUAAAAGCUUAAAUAGUAAAGACGUUUUAAGUAGUGAGACUGAUGAGGAUGAUAAAAUUCCUUUAUUGGAACGGAUAUUAAAUUCUGAUGCGCGCGACGAGUCGGAUGUUACCGACAUUUUUUCAGAUGGAGAAAAAAUAUCAGUUUAUUUUGUAAAAGUAAAAUCUGUAUGUAAACAGAGUAUAAAUAACGAUAUUUUGUGGUUGCACCAUGAGAGUUAGUGUGCUCAGCACAAGACGCAACUAUUUAAAAUCAUUUUAAGGUUUUAUAACCAGAGAAAUGAAAAUUAGGUAUUUUGUUUAAUUGUAGGAAAUGGGACGGACGGCUGGACAUAUAAUUCUAACACUUCUUUUUGGUUUUGGCGAGUUGGCUUUCAUAUCUGACAAUAUUGUAUUUGACAAAGUAAAUACUGUUACCACCACAAGGUUUAAAUGGUUGGUAACCUUCAUAAUUGAUUUAAAACCUUUUGAAGGAUUUUUGAACAGAAUAUCCCAUGACAUGGUAAAAUCCUCUGCAUUAGCACAAACUGUUUUGAGACGUUAUGAACAACCUGGAAAAGAACAUUUUUAUAAUACUUUUGCAAAUUUAGAACAAGAAUUUGAUCUGUUAAUGGACAUGCAUCGUUCAAUAACUGAUACAUUUGACGAUUUCAAAACUUUACAUCGACACAAACGUUCUGUUUUGCCGUUUAUAGGUAGUGCAAUGAGUUUUUUGUUUGGUACAUUAACCGAAGACGAUAUUAAUUUAAUUAAGGGCAACGUUCGUACAUUGGCACAAAAUCAAAAGCAAAUUUCACACAUUUUGACUGAGAAUUUAUCAAUUUUAAACGUAACUAGGCUAGAGGUAUCUCAAAAUAGAGACGCCAUUAAUAAAUUAUCAAGGGGGUUGCAAGAUUUAGACAUCCGGUUGGUUAAUAUAACGGAGGCUAUUGAAAAGCAAAUAAUAGAUUUGGAAAACUUUGUGCAAAUAUAUAUUCAAUUAGAUUUAAUAACUGGGGAUUUAAAACAAUUAAUCCAAAGAGGAUUCUUCUAUUUAGAACAUAUAAAAGAUCAGUUAAGCAUGCUUUCAUUGGGCCAUCUUUCACCAAGUACAAUAACACCAAAUAAUUUACAAGGUCUUCUUAUUGAGAUAAAAGAUAAACUUCCAAAAUAUUUAGAAUUGAGUAACGAUCCAAAAGAAAACCUGUGGUUCUUUUAUAGGUUUUUGACAUGUUCCACUAUCCUGUAUGACAGUAGAAUAUUAGUUGUCAUUUCAAUACCUCUUCUCGAUUCAAAUAAUAAAUUUGAAAUUUAUCAGGCAUUUAAUUUACCAAUGCCCAUGCAAAAGAAUCAUACAAGUAUAGGUAUGGUUGCAAAAUACGAUUUGGAUGUAGAAUACUUUGCAGUUAAUGCAGAAAGGUCAAAAUAUGUAUUGCUUAAACAGCAAGAAAUUCAAUCAUGCACAAACACUUUUACGAAAUUUUGUAAAAUUAUAAGUCCUGUUUAUCCUAUUAAUUUAAGUAAAAAUUGCAUAACUUCUUUGUUCCUAAAGAAACGAAUUGAUAUUGAUAAAUAUUGUCGUGUCGUAGUUGAACCAAAUUCAGUUCUUCCAAUGGCCAGUUAUAUAUCAUCUGGUUCGUGGCUAGUUACCACUAACACACCCUUACGCUUUGCCAUUGUUUGUGAAAAAUAUAAGCAAAAGACAACGUUUACUAAAAUAAUUAACCCUCCUUUGAAUAUUUUAGCGUUAAAUGAGACAUGUACCGCGACUAAUGACUAUCUUACGCUUUUGCCGUUUUAUAGUAGACAAUCGUCAUAUACUCUUCAGGAUGAUCCAUUUACGAAAGUUAUUCAAAAUUAUAAUUUAACAAUGCGAAAACUUUGGAAGCCGUUUCAUGACUCCUUACCAAAGUUUAACUUGACUGAGCUACCAAAAGAGUUGAAAAAUAUUAAAGAAAUUCCAAUGGAUAAUCUGAUUUACCAAUUGAAAAAUUUACAAACCAUACAAGAAGAUUCAAGUUUUCCAAAUUGGGUGUAUAACGUAAUUUAUCUAGUAAUUUUUCUUUUGUUAGGUAUUAUCAUUUUCAUAUUAUGUAAAUAUAGAAAUAAGUUACCUUGUUCAGUCAAACGAGGAAGUGGUUGCAAGAUGCAGAAUGUCGCCCCUAAGUAUGACAGAGUGAGUAAACUGGUGUCGGCUAAGACCGAGGGUGAUGUUAACACCUCCAGAGAUGUUCCCUCUGCACCAAUGUUAGACAACUCAAAGGAAGAAGUGGCUAAUAAUUUAUAUCCACUGCUAAAAUUAGCAGAACAAACAGUGCGAAUAUAAAUCGAAGUAAUAGCAUAGAACACAACGUGUAAAUACUGAAGUACUAUUCGAUUAUAACGAACAAUGUUUUAAAACACUAUACGAUCACAUAUAUACUGACUUUAUAUUUAUUCAUAUAUAUAUACAAACAUGACAAUUAACUGUUCUUUAUACAUUGUAUAUACAAAUGGCGGAGUUUAGGAUGUCGGAGUUAGGAUGUCGGAGUUUAGGAUGUCGGAUUUAGGAUGUCGGAGUAAGGAUGUCGGAGUUUAGGAUGUCGGAGUAAGGAUGUCGGAGUAAUGGAUGUCGGAGGUAUGGUGGACGGAGAAAUGGUGGACGGACAAAUCGUGGACGGAGAAAUUGUGGACGGAGAAUAGUGGACGGAGAAUGGUGGACGGAGAAAUGGUAGAUGGAGAAUGAUAGCAUAGAACUUUUGACAAUAAAUUGAACAAUUAUGUAAAAUUUAUCAAUUGAUUGAUUUAUAUAAUAUAUAUAUUUAUGUUUUAUUUCAGGUUUGUGUAUUGAUUCUUUAUUUUAGGUAUCUUUCGAUCCUGUAGUGUUAUAUUUGUAGCAAAGAAAUUUAUGCUAUAUUUCUAGAACAUUGGGGGGUAUGUAACACUAUGCAGUGAUCGAAAGUAUUGAAAUUAUUAAAUAUAAUUUCUAAAGUUUAUAAAUGUAUGUAUUAUUGUUAAACUACAAACGUGACUUUCUAUUUGUAAAUGUUUUAGCUUAAGGGAUAUUCAAGUUUAUGACAAUUGCUUUUUCAUUCAGCAACGCGUGGUCAUCGUAUUUAAUUAGACUUUAAUAGUUUGGCUUUAAUUAACCUAACGUUAAGUAUAUGAGGCCAAAAGUAAUGGUCACUUUUUAGAAUCAUUUUAUUUGUGGCUUUGGGCUUUUUAAAAGUAAGUACCUGUCAAAGGUAGAAACAAACAACAUUCUUUCUAAAUUCAAGUCACGUUUAAGUCACGUUUGUAGAUGUAUAAAAGAACUGUCCCUAACAAGACAGUUCAGAUUGUAACUAGGCACUGAAUAAAAAUUAGUUCCUCUUUA